GUUUUAAGUAUUUGUUUGUUUUUAGUGACUUGUUCCAUCAUGAUUACCUACAUGAAGAAGUUUUUAUUCUGCAUCCCCCUGCGGGUGGGCAACAUUUUCAUUGGUUACUUUUGCCUUGUGCGCGGCUUUUGCAAUAUUUAUUUGGUAAUAUAUCUGUUCUCAAACCUCUGUAAGCGCAUGAUCUGGGUAUGGUUUCUGCAAUCGCAGGUAAAUUGCAUUGCUGGCGUUCUUCUGCUCGCUGUCACCUUCCAGCCUCAUCUGCUUAACUAUAUGCUGCCCAUACAAAUUGUUGUUAAACUGACCAGUUGUAUUAUCGAAUUGGUAUUCUACCUAUUGAUGAGUAGUUCUGGUCUCUCAUCUCCGUUGUUGGUCGGAUACUCUGCGGCCUCGAUUAUUGCCUCUUAUCUGCCUGAGCUGUUGGCAGUGCAAAGUUGAAGGCAAGUAUGAAAAAUGUUGCAACAAAAAACAGCAACAAAAACAGAAACCAAAACAGACAUGUUCGGGCUUGUUGCUGGUCUUUUUCGGUAGUAUGCUGAGGGCGUGGCCGUGGCUGCAACCCUUUGGCCCAUUACUCUUAGCCCGGCCGAAUCGAUUAUUGCAAAAAUUAUGUCUGACCGCAGGGUAAGGGCCGCAGCAGCAGCAGCAGCAGCCGCAGCAGCUUUAGUUACAAUCACAAUUACAAUUCGAUAAUGUUCAAUAAAUUUGCUGUUGGCUUUAAGCUUUACUUACAGUUA